AUGCCGGAGCAAAGUAACGAUUAUCGUGUGGUAGUUUUUGGUGCGGGAGGUGUUGGCAAAAGCUCCCUUGUUCUACGAUUCGUUAAAGGCACAUUCAGAGAAUCGUAUAUACCUACUAUUGAAGACACCUACAGACAGGUGAUAAGCAGCAACAAGACAAUAUGUACACUACAGAUAACUGACACAACAGGCUCACAUCAAUUUCCUGCUAUGCAAAGGUUGUCAAUAAGUAAGGGACAUGCUUUCAUAUUGGUCUAUUCAGUAAGCAGUCGCCAAUCCCUAGAAGAAUUGAAGCCAAUAUGGCAAACAAUAAAGGAAAUAAAGGGCACAGAACUGCCAAACAUUCCAGUGAUGCUAGCAGGUAACAAAUGUGAUGAGAGUCCAGAAAUUAGAGAAGUCUCAGCAUCUGAAGGACAAGCACAGGCCUCAGCAUGGGGCAUUUCAUUUAUGGAGACAUCUGCAAAAACAAAUCAUAAUGUCACACAACUUUUCCAGGAAUUGUUAAAUAUGGAAAAAAACAGAAACGUAUCACUACAAGUAGAUGGCAAAGGAAAGAAAAAAAAAGACAAAGCAACAAAAGAUGGUGGGGAAGCAUCUGUUAGUGGAAGAGAGAAAUGUCUUGUUAUGUAA